UUUGUUUACAUCAGACAGUGCCAUUCAUCUGGAUCGAUUUGGGUUGUUAUCUGGAAAUUAUUUAGAUUUUUGUGGAACGUUUAACGCCCCCAAUUUGAGAGAAAUGCCCUGCCCUGACAAGUCACACAAAUUCAGUUGAAAUUCCGUUGCGUAGGCAUCAUGAGGCUGUUACUCUGCCUGUUUAUCCCGAUCCAGGUGGCUUGGGCCACCAAGUGGUAUAGUGGUGGGAUGGACUUCAACAGUCCCUCUUCGUGGGUGGAUGACUAUAUGCCUUGUGGUCAAGAUUUGAUUGUUUUUCCGGAGCACUACCCGGCAUUGCUGCCUCUGCCGGAGGACAUCUCCGUAGAUGGUAUAGUUUUUCCCAAAAAUGGAGCCAUCCUGUUGGCCGAGGAGUCCACCAUGACCUUCGGAUCCAAAGCAACGAAAUCCAACUGUGAAAGUCAGGAAUGGAAAGCCUAUUUGAAGCCGCCCAAGACCAGAAAAUGGUAUGAUCCUGGCACCUGGACGGAUAAAUCCAAAGAGGUAGCCUUGUAUGUGCCGGAGCUGGAGAGGAUCCCCUGCGACAAUGAGCAGGUUAUAAUCAAGGGUCAUGGGCCCUUGGCCUUUGAUCUCGAAAAUGUGCAGCAUCUUCGUCUGGGACAACUAAUCCUGGCAGGAUCUUCUAUAUCAAAAUACUAUUUGGAUCAACUUCUUACCCAGGAUGUGGGGCAGUUCUUGUUCCACAACUCACAGGAUGUCCAGGUGGAGUACUAUCGAGGUGAACUAUGUGGCUGCCACAAGGACUUCGAUCGGUUGGUGGAACCGGUCUGUCAUAAUGUCCAGGAAAAGUGUGAAAUCCCCCACUGCCAUUCUCCAGUUCGUCCUUACGGAUCCUGUUGCCUGAUUUGUGGCGCCAUUCUCAGUAUACGCAAGGAUCACUGCAUCGAUGAGGACAAAAAGACUCUGGAGAAUAAAAUAAAUAAGCUUAUCAAGGAACACGAUAUGGAGGACCAUCUAGAGUCCCAUGUGGUGUUUGUGGGUGCCCAGGAUUUUGGAAAGGUCCUGCAAGCCAUCAUCACAGAUCGAAAUGGUUACACAGAAAAGAGAUUUGACUUCCUAUAUAGCCUCAUAUCAGCGAAUAAGGGGAAACAGUUCACCAUUGAGGUUUCUGGAAGUCACUACAAUCCCAAUGUCAGCUUUACUUCGGUGGUAAUGAUUCUCUUCUGCCUGGUGCUGGUCGGAUUCGUCUCUGUGGUUAUUCUGGCCCACUUUAUGCCCGAAAAUCCCUACUUGAAUCGCAUUCCCCAGUGGAUCCACGAUCCCCGUCGCUGGCGGUGGCACCACUUGGGCCUUAGAAUACGCCGGAAUCUCCUUUUCAAUAGAUUCGAUAAUGCCGGAGCUGGAGCUCCGGAAGAAGGCUCUGGUUCUGGCCUGGACCGUCUCGGCAUUAUGGCGUAUGAUCCCGAGAGUGGAGAGGUACGGGAACGAAGGGCUUUCGAUAAUCCCAUGUUCGAACAGGGAGCUGCCGCUGAGGAGGCAGCAGGGUUGGAUGCCAAGGAGCAGGAGGAGAACCUAGUGGUGCCCAAAAUGGAGACGGGUGACUUGGACGCGGCUAGCCAACAUGAUGAGCAGGAGCUGACUGAAAUCAAUUUGGAUGCUGGCGGGGAAGAAAGCGAUCUUGAGGUGGAAACUAUUGAAUGAAAAGUCAAGAAAAAGUAAUAUUUUUGUUAAUUUUUAGUAUAACUUUUAAAUAAAGUUUACGAUUGAUUUUUCUUAA